GCUGGGGGCGGUCGCCGGUGAUGGGGCGGCGGGUGGCGGCGUGUCCCCGUGGUGCUGAGGUGUGCGCGCCCCUGAGAGGCUGGCGCGCGGCGGUGGUCCCUCACCAACCGUCGGUCCCAGAGACGGGAACGGAACGGCUAGGCGCCGCCGAGAGGCAAGCGGUUGUGGGAGCCUCUGGGGCUCGGGCCGGUGCUGACUGAGCUUGGUCGCAGCAGGCCCACAGCGUGUCGGCGCCCGCAGCUUGCUGCUAAAUGUUCUCGUGUCGUGGCCGUGCUUUAUCUGGAAAUAACGCGUCGUAGUUUGUGAAGCUCUGCACUCAUCAAAGUAAAACGGUUUCUGCAAACAGAAGUGCAGUGGUAUAUUUCUGGUACUCCAAACAAAAUGAAGAUCCCUUCUGUACUGCUGAGAUUCCCUCAUCGUUAUUUCUCUAAAAGAACUUACUUCAAGAACUUGACUUGCAUUUCCAGAUCAGAUUUCCUGUGCAUUGAGUCUCUUAAACCAGUGCACCUACAUUGUUCAAAACAGAUGUGUUUGUCAAAGUGUUUGAGCAGAGAGCUGUGUCACCAAAGUGCCCCUGAGCAGGAAACAGAAGGGCUUUCCGACAGAGAAAAAGGACUUAUAGACAGACUUUACAAUGGGCUUGUCCAGGGUCACAGAGCCUGUUUAGCUGAAGCCAUUACACUUAUAGAAUCAACUCAGACUAGGAAAAAGAAAGUAGCCCAGGUGCUCCUUCAGAAGGUAUUAUCCUACCACAGGGAACAAGAAAAGUUAAAUCAAGGAAAGCCGCUUGCCUUUAGAGUGGGGUUAUCUGGUCCUCCUGGUGCUGGAAAAUCAACUUUCAUUGAAUGCUUUGGGAAAAUGCUUACAGAAAGAGGACACAAAGUGUCAGUGCUGGCUGUAGACCCCUCCUCUAGUACAAGUGGUGGUUCUUUACUGGGUGAUAAAACGCGGAUGACUGAGUUGUCAAGGGACAUGAAUGCAUACAUCAGACCGUCUCCAACCAGAGGAACAUUAGGAGGUGUAACAAGGACUACAAAUGAAGCCAUCCUGCUGUGCGAAGGAGGAGGCUACAAUGUUGUUCUUGUGGAAACUGUAGGUGUGGGACAGUCAGAAUUUGCCGUGGCUGACAUGGUUGAUAUGUUUAUAUUAGUGCUGCCACCCGCGGGUGGUGAUGAAUUACAGGGUAUCAAACGGGGUAUCAUUGAGAUGGCAGAUCUAGUUGCUAUAAAUAAAGCUGAUGGUGAUUUAAUUGUGCCUGCACGGAGAAUACAAGCUGAGUAUGUUAGUGCUAUGAAGCUGCUUCGCAAGCGUUCGAAGGUUUGGAGACCAAAGGUAAUACGUAUCUCUGCCAAGACUGGAGAAGGGAUCUCAGAUAUGUGGGAUAAAAUGACAGAAUUUCGCGACCUCAUGCUCACAAGUGGUGAGCUGAUUGCCAAGCGACGGAAACAGCAGAAAGUGUGGAUGUGGAAUCUCAUCCAAGAAAAUAUGUUGGAACAUUUCCGGAGUCACUUGGCAGUCAAAGAUAAGAUUCCACUUCUAGAAGAAAAAGUUCUUAGUGGUGUCUUGUCUCCUGGGCUGGCAGCCGACCUGCUGCUGAAAGCAUUCAAGGAUGGUCUCUAAUCAUAAUAUUCUACUGUGUUCUUGCUAAUUUCUUCAUGUAAAUGUAAAUAUUAAAUACAAUUUUUGUAUGUGUGAAUUCAAACGUUUCACUACAGCCAACGCUAAUGGAAUACAUAUUUAUUGGUAUUAGUAUGUAUUGGUACUCUGCCAAAAAAAAUACUGAGCAGAAAAUACUGUAGGAUUCUAUAUAUGCAGAGUUCAGUGCAAACACACUCAGAGACUACUACACAUGGUAUUUGGUCAACAGUACUUAUUUUGAGUCUGUCCUCAUCAUGGAUUUGUUGGUCAAAAAUUUGAGCCUGUGUCAAAAUGUGACUGGCUUUGAAAGGGUGAGUGAGAGGUUUGGUGCAGCAGUUUCAUUGUGAGACUGUCUUAGAAGAGAUAAAUACUUCUACUUUCUCUUCUCAUUUACUUUUUUCUUCCUCUUGAGUCUCUGCAAGAACACUGGACCCCUGGUAGCACCUGACUGGAGUCUUACUUUUAAAUACAUUGUAUGCAUAUAAAAAGGGUUGUUCAGUCACUGUUGGGAAACUAUAGCUAUUUAUUGUAUGCUGGGAGAGGAGAAUUGUACCUAUCCUAGAUUCUAACCAGAUGUUUUAAUACAAAAGCACAGUUUAAUUAGACAUUUUAAAAUACAGGCAUAUGGAACCAGUGUCAUCCACCAGGUUUUUACUCACAACUCUUUUUAUACUAGGAUAAUUUUUCUCUGGUCUUAUUUGACUGAAGUAAGAUGUUUGUAUUCAAACAAAAUGCCUACUUUUCUCCUCUCUUGUAGAUGACAUGACUGUUUAGGUCUAAAGUACUUAAGAGCUGGGGUUGUUCUUUUAUUUAUUUUUUAUUUUUUUAGAUUUCUCUUGGGAAUGCAUCUGGAGGUAUUCAUGAACUGGAAAGCAGGGUUAUCUACUCGAUAUGAAGAGUAAAGUAGGAAAAAAGCUGAUUUCUUGAGGGCUGAAAAAACAUUAAAGGAAUUUUAAUGAGUCUACUAUUGCUUAUGUGAAUUAACAUAAAAGGUGCUAUACUGUAGUAUGUUAGAUAGUGUUGUGGGUUUUUUUUGUUUGUUUGUUUGUUUUUAAAAUUUAAGUUCAAUAUUACCUGUUUGGAUUCCUAACAAGUGUGCAUUUUACAGAGCAUUUGUGUUCUGGCAACCUGAGUCUAGAUUUCUCAAACAAUUCCAGGGUAGCAAUGACUUGGUUUCCUUUGAUUCUAUUUCUUUUUUCCUUCCUAUUUUUUUUUUUCUUCUGAAGACAUUUUUUUCUCUUUCCUCUGUUCCAGUUCCUAUACUGUGCUAAGUCUGCUUUAUCUUGCUAGACCUCUGUACUUCCUAGUUUUCACUCCUUCAUAGGUGUAAUGCAACUAUUAGAAAAGAUGAAUGAAUGAAAAUGCUGAGGAUUUUUUCCCUUUGGUUUGUCUUAUUAAGUAUUUAAGUGCUUAUUUAAGCAGCAUAAAUUAAACAAUAUAGAAAUA